GAGCACGAACCGACUGUUCGUUCACGCGCGAACAAUAUUAAAAUAGUAUAUAAUUUGGGGUUCAGCGAGAGAAUUUUACUUAAUGAUGACUGUGAUUUAUUAAUGCCUAUAUAUAAUUUGUGUUAAAGCCUAUCCUACCUACCGUUAACUAAACAUACUAAAAUGGCAAAACGACAUAGCAGAGUAUAUUUAGGAUAUGAAGAUGAACCCAUUAGUGACAAAAAUCAAACUGUUUUAUAUUACACUAUUAAUAAGAUUGGUGGUACACCCGAUUGGCCACCUUUGGAUAAUUUACAGUUUUCUUCCAAAUGCCCAUUGUGCGGGCUACACAGGUUAUUGGUUCUACAAUGCUAUGCACCAAUUGAAAAAUCAAUUUAUCAUCGCACUUUAUAUGUUUUUGCAUGCAUCAACCCAAAUUGUUGGGUACAAUCAGACAGCUGGUUAUGUGUCCGCAGCCAAAUUCAAGACACGUCUUCUCAAACCACUAUAGUUGCAAUGCCAAAGGCAGAUAGCAAUUUGACUUGGUGCAAUGGAGCAGAUGAAUGGGAUGAAAAUGACAAUGGGGACACAGCCAAUGGAAAUAUUAUGAAUGUAGAUAACCCAGAUCCAAAUAAUUGCCCACAAAAAAAUUCUGAUGAAGAAGAAGAAAGCUCACACUCAUUGGAAUUGGAAACUAUAGAACAUGCCUUAGGAAACCUGCAAGUUUGUGAUGCACAUAAUGCUAAUAUGUCACCUGUACAAGGAGCAAUUGGUGCCAUAAGUGCUCCUGUUCCUGCAGCAGAGUUUGAAGGUGGUGAUGACCCUGGUCUAGUGACUGUUGACACCCCCUCUGCUCCAACAAAAGAUAUUCAGGCAUUAUUGCACCAGACAGCAGAACUUCCACCAGAUAUAAGAAGCAGAUUAAUGUGUGGACCACUGCAAUUUCUACCCAAAUAUGUAUAUGUAGAAGAGGAAUGGAAAGAGCCACUCGAUAAUGAAGAUAAAGUGACAGAAUUAAUUAACAAGUACAAUAAAGAAAAUGAAAUGGAGGUAGUAGUUGGUUUCGACCGAGCGGCAGUGGGCAUUGGUGAAGAAGAACAGUAUGAGGAAUCGGCACCACUGCAUGGAGAUCGGCUCUUUCACGCUUUCCUUACUCGCUUAAGAAACAACCCAGAACAAAUCUUAAGGUACUCUCGGGAGGAACCACCACUCCUAGGUGCUCCAUUACCAAGUGCAGCAAACACACCCGAAUGUCCAAUGGUGCCUACAACUUGCAUUCGUUGUGGUUGCCGACUUAUCUGCGAGCUUCAGUUAGUACCGAGAUUCACUGAAGCUCUGCAUCUCUUACCAACACAUACUAAAUUGUCACACUUACAUUUCUUGUCCGUCCUCAUAUUCACCUGCUCUGAGAGCUGUUGGCAACAAUCUGAUACAUUAGUAAUGGAGACUAUUGUUUUUCAGCCGGAAGUAGUAUAACUACUACAUGGUUUCACCAGCUAUGUAUUUUUAUGCAAUACAUAUUCUAGUAAUUAAGUUAUGUGCC